AUGACGUACGCCCCCCCAGCGGACGGCCCCUCAUCCUCUUCACUGCCGCUGCUGCAGCUCCCCAACGGCGUGACGGCGUGGGAUGGCGCCGCCCUGGACGAUGAACGUCGACUCCACAACGCCGAUGGACACGCCGAUCGUUUAAUGCAAACCAUCAACAUUCUCGGCGUGCGUAGUAAAGAGGCCCAAUCACUCCAUACGGUUCUCACCUCUGUGGCCCGCCUACGUGAGAACCGACAGGCACGAUUAUAUUUAGCCUGUCAUGAUGGCCAUGGCGUUGGGAUUCUCAAGGUGGGGGUGAAGAAGUUAUUCAUCACACAUCCAUCCCAGCGGGGAUUGGUGGAGAUGGAUCCCUUGUGUGUGUUGGAUUUCUUUGUGGAGACCUCUUGUCAACGACAGGGAUUUGGAAAGAUGUUAUUUGACUUUAUGUUAUCCCAUGAGGGACUUAGACCAGAGGAGGUGGCGAUUGAUCGCCCAAGUGUGAAGUUUCUUUCCUUCCUACGAAAAUAUUAUGGAUUGGUAGAGUAUACACCACAGUCUAAUAACUUUGUGGUGUUUCACAGAUACUUUGAUCGUUGGCAGCCGCGGGGACGGCAGUGUAGAAAUUUAGAACCUUUACAUAAAGGAUACGCCUCUCAACAACAACAACAACAACAAAGACAACAACAACAACAAUUAUUAUUAAAAGAACAGAAAGAACAUCAACAACAACAACAGCAUCCACAAUCUACUGCACAGAAGACGACAGGAGGACCAUUACAUCCCUCCUCCUCCUCCUCAUCAGGGGCAACAGAGGGACGACAUAAAACUGCAUACGAAUUACAAUAUGAGGAAUACAUGCGAGAUCAGGAAUUCCGGGCGAAAAAACAAGAAACGGGCACGAGAGGAAUGUCGCCUGCGAAGCCGGUCUCUUCUGCGGAGAUUUGUGCGGCUAGUUGUGGGGCCAGACGCCGUACAUCCCCCACACGAAGUGGAGUACCAUAUAAUAUCAUUAGUGGGGCCCCAGAGCGAUGA